CUUGCCUGAAACUCUAGAGGACCCUUACUUCGAGUGGAUUCAUUGGCCACAAGCAUCGAUCCCGUUUUCUGAAGACGAGCUGAAAUACAUAGCAAAUCUUGAUCCUUUUGAAGAUUGUGCGAUGCUGCGAAGGGAGCUUCCAAUGGUACGAGAGGCCAGUCUCCGUGUUCUUGUUCUCUGCACAAUUUUCCUCAAAGAAGCUGCUGCAUCUGGCCUGUGUUUGGCUGAAAUUGGUGAGAUGAUGACUAGGGAGGUUCGUCCUGGGGACGAGGAGCCUAGUGAGAUUGAAGUGGUUUGUCUUGAGGCUAUGAGUUUGAUAGGAGAGAAGGAGGUCGAGUCCCCAAGAUCAUCAGACUCAGGCGGUGAUGUUGAAUUCCAGUUCGAUUUAGAUUGCGAGGAAGCGAUGCUUGAUAAACCAGCAUUCACACUUGGACUCACUAUUGGAAACGCUCGUGGUCAUUUGUCAAAGGUCGAGGAAGACGAAGAAGAAGAAGAAGACAAAGAGGAGGAGGAAGAGAAUGGAAGAGUUGAUUCAGUGAAAAUGCCGGCGGUUACCAAGCUUUCAAUGUCUCUGAAGAACACUCUUCUUGGUGAGAAGAGUCAGAAGUAUCAGAAACAUCCAGGAGCUAGAUCAGAGAGCGCAUACGCAUCAUCUGGACACAGGAGUGCAGACGAACAGAUACCAUCAAGCACAAGCUUUGUGAAGCUGUCGGAUAUGAGCGAAGAGGAAUGGGCGGUUUUUCUGGAGAAAUAUCAGGAGCUGCUUUACCCUGCAUUUGCAAAGCGGAAGGAGAUGACUUUAGGACAUAAGCAGAGGUUGGGGACUUCGUGCCAGUUUUGA